CACGCCCACGAUUUUGUGUCCCCUUCGCGACCUCGCGGCCAAAAAGAAAAGAGUUCCCCACGUUUGUUUUGCUCGCCGGAAUCCUCCGCCCGCCGCCGCCGCUUCUUGCAGUUUAUGGAUUUCGGAAGAACCGCCGCCAACCGGACGUCUGAAGCGAAGAGCACGGUCAUCUCCCCCCGCCAGUCCGGUCUGCCCUUCUCGGCGGCCCCCUCCACGCCGUGGUUCAGGGAGCUGUGGGUCAACGCCUCCAAAUAACAGCUUUUUUCUGCUGAGGAAAGCAUCGGUGGAUUUCUUGAUUGAUUGAAGGAAGUAAGGUGAAGGGUGACCAGCAUCCUUGUGGUGAGCGUUGGGGUCUUAUCUUUGGGAGCUAAACUAAGACCAUUUCAAGAAAACUGUCAACUGUAAACAUGCAUAGGCAGAAGGUCCCCAAUUCUGGCUGGGCUGCUUUCGAUCGAAGGUCGCGUGGCACGGAUGAUGGAGGAGAUGAUGUUGAUGUCAACUCAUUUCCAGUUCUUUCGAGUUCUAGAGGUUCCAGUUCUGCUAGCAGCUCAGUUACUGAAAGUAAUAAUGUGUCAAAGGCAAAGCCUUUUGCAUCAGUGAUUCGCCCCUCUGUUCAAUUUGCAGCUGUUGGUAAUGAAAACAGAAAUAAGAAUUUGACUGAUAGCGUGGCAAAAUCAAAUUUUGAUGUAAACUCUGCACCUGACAACAAAAUUAAGCUCCUGAAAGAUGAUCAUAGUUGGGCCGACAGUAAUUUAAUUGAGGACAUCUUAGCUGGUGUGAAUAAUGAUGUUGGCCAAGCAUCUGUUUUGUUGAAAGCUAUGGUCUCUGCUGACUUGCCGCCAGGAGAGAGUAGAACAACUGGUCAUGCUGCUUUUGAUAUGAAUAAGGCACAUGAUUUAGAAUUAGGAAAUGCUACAGCAGACAAUAAACAUUCAAAUGGAUCACGGUUAACACUGCCAAUGAGUGUGGUCUCUAUACCCAUGGAACCUGAGUUGGAAGAGGUUGAUGACGAUUACUUAAAUCACCGGAAAGAUGCAUUGAAGAUGAUGAGGGCCGCCACAAAGCAUUCUCAGGCUGCCAGCAAUGCAUUCUUGAGAGGUGACCACACUGCUGCCAAGGAAUUUUCUGCCAGAGCUCAAGAAGAGCGGACCGCUGCUGAAAAGUUAAAUAAUAAGGCAGCAGAAGAAAUAUUUCACCUCAGGAACUCCAACAAUGGCACCUGGAAGAUUGACAUGCAUGGUCUACAUGCAUCAGAAGCUGUAGCUGCAUUGGAGAGGCAUCUGCACAAGAUAGAGUUCCAGCUACCAGGGAAUAGUGCAGCUUCAACUGAAGGAUUUGAUAAGUCUGAACCCACAAUUCCUGGCUCAAAUGGGGUUGCAGCGGAGAAGGUGGUGGUGUUUCUUCGACCUAGACAAUCUGUCUUAGAGGUGAUCACAGGGAUUGGCAAGCAUAGCAAAGGACAGGCUUCACUGCCUGCUGCAGUUAGGGGCUUCCUUAUUGAAAAUGGGUACCGAUUUGAUGAGACGAGACCUGGUGUUUUUUCUGUUCGUCCUAAAUUCCGGCGCCAGUGAACCUGUGGAAGCCUGUAUAAUCUGAUCAAGUUCUAUCAGCCCGGCAAAUAAACUUCUGUACAACGCUGUCAGCAAAAGAAAACAAUUGGACUUUAGGCAACUCACAGUUCAUUCCUCUUGAAUGUAGCAAAUUUAUACAGAUUCUGAUGUUAUUGUGUAGCCACCUGAGAAUAGAUGCAUAAUAUUUUUUGCGGGUAAACAGAUGCAUGAUUGUAUGUAACUAUACAGAAUAACAUUAAUGGCGAGUAUUAUUUGCUUAUUGCUGCACCA